AUGUCUUUUGCUAAUAAACAAGAUCCAAAAACUUUAGUUUUAUUUGAUGUUGAUGGUACUUUAACUCCAGCUAGAUUAACCAUUUCUGAAGAAAUGAAGAAAACUUUAGAAAAAUUACGUGAAAAAGUUGUUAUUGGAUUUGUUGGUGGUUCUGAUUUAUCUAAACAAGUUGAACAAUUAGGUCCAAAUGUUUUAAAUGAUUUUGAUUAUUGUUUUAGUGAAAAUGGUUUGACAGCUUAUAAAUUAGGUAAAGAAUUAGCUUCACAAUCAUUUAUUAAUUGGAUUGGUAAUGAAAAAUAUAAUAAAUUGGUGAAAUUCAUUUUAAAAUAUUUAUCUGAACUUGAUCUUCCAAUUAGAAGAGGUACAUUUGUUGAAUUUAGAAAUGGUAUGAUUAAUGUUUCACCAAUUGGUAGAAAUGCUUCUACUCAAGAAAGAAAUGAUUAUGAAAAAUUUGAUAAACAACAUCAUAUUAGAGAACAAAUGGUUGAUGCUUUGAAAAAAGAAUUUCCUGAUUUUGGGUUAACUUAUUCAAUUGGUGGUCAAAUUUCUUUUGAUGUUUUCCCAACUGGUUGGGAUAAAACUUAUUGUUUACAACAUGUUGAAGAUGAACAUUUUGAAAAUAUUCAUUUCUUUGGAGAUAAAUCUUAUAAAGGUGGUAAUGAUUAUGAAAUUUAUAAUGAUCCAAGAACUAUUGGUCAUGCUGUUAAUUCACCUGAUGAUACUAUCAAAAUCUUGAAUGAAACUUUUAAAUUACAAUAA